AUGGAAAAAUUAUGGAUAAUCUUCAUUUCUCACACAUCAACACUGAGAGGUUUAGCAGCAUGUUUCCUGACGAAGGUUCCUUCUUUACCCCGGCAGUCUGACCCUAACCAAGUCACCUACAUCGCCAAUACCUUCGCCCUAAUAUCGCCUGAUAACGUCAGCAUCACCUACCCUUACAGCCGGACGAAUAGUUACACCGGAUCAACAACCUGGACGUUCUCAGCCCCGAACUUCAACUUUAAUAUGAUGUUCCAGUCAAAUAAUCUCCUUAACGCCGCCGGCUUCAACAUCUCCAUCUGUCCUCGGCGAACUUCAUGCCACAAGCUGCUCAACACUUCUAUUGUGGGAAGUGUCGGCUACGACCAAACACCAGGCUUUUGGAACCUGACUACCCACACAACGCUGACGCAGUGUGAAUGGUGGCUCGUGGCACCAGCAGGAAGCAGAAUCUUUGUCGGCAUAUACUACUCAACCCUGAAUGCUACAGGAUGUCCGUUGAACUACGUUACUGUGAACGGCAGGGGAGAGAAGACCUACCCGGCUGCGACCUCCUCCAUCUUCUGCGGCACUGGUUUCAAGACCUUCACCUCCACAAACAACACGAUGUACAUAGCUUACCAGGGCCAGGCGGGCCAGAGCUCCGGCAUGUUCUUCACUUACAUUGUCCUGUGAUCCUCCCCCAGGACACUGACUGAAACUAAACUCUCCUGAUUCGGCACUGAAACUAAUGCCGAAUCAGGAGAUAACUCUCACUAACAACUCCAGAAUGGAAUGUGAAUCACAACUCUCGAAGGUCUUUCAUUUAAUCAUUUAUUUCUCGGAGUCUUCUGGAAUUGUAUUAUUUAUUUAGUGACUAAAAUAUUUGAG